GGUAUGUUAUGUAGGCUUGAGGUGAACAACUGUUUUGGUAUAAAUACUAAGUAAUAACUAAUUUACUUAAUUACAUACUAUGUAUUCGCUAAAUAAAUUAGGGCUGUUUUCAUCUAAAAUGUAGGGAAUCCUUAGAGGAGGUAAAAUGCGUAAACUGAUGUCUUUAAGGAAGUUGCAGUGCUAUAAGUAAAAUAAUUCCUGCCUUCACACUAACCUAUCUUUGUGAAGCAUGUACUGUAGAAAAUUGCUUUGUUGUUAGAAUCCUUUCUUGUUAGGGUUAAGAAGACAACAGAUGUUUGUAGCAACUUUUAUGUUUCCAAAACAAUAGGGAAAAAACCCCAAACCACUAGAACCCUUUGUUGUUAGGGUUAAGAAAAUAACAGAUGUUUGUAGCAACUUUUGUGUUUCCAAAACAAAACAACAAACCACUAUGGCAAGGUUUACAUUUACUGCCGGUAAAUGCCUAUAUAUUUUUGUUGGCACUUUCCCUGGUGUGAUGUAGGUACAGGUAAUUACUUCAGCCAGUGUGGUUCUUGCUGUAGCCUGUACUUUCUUACAAGGUCAGUGGUGAUGUUUUGUUGGGUUUGGGUUUUGGUGUUUGUUGUUUAAGUGGAAAAUUAUUUUCACCUGCUUCACAGCAGAUCCUGUCACUAUUCUGUUAGUUUACCAAGAUCUGGAAAGCUUAAACAUUUCAGCAACCACAGGGUGGCAAUAUUCAGAGUUCUUCAGGAGCAAAGCUGAAGCCAGUCCCAAUGCCUUUCCCUGCUCCCCCAAAGCUGCAGUUUGAGGUAAUGUAAUGAAUUACGUUGUCGGGGAGAGGGGAGUCGAUUGGGAGGCUUGGGCUACAAACAAGAAAUAGGGUUACUUUUAUUAAGACUGCAGAAAGUAAGAAGGCAGUUACUCAGGGGUACAGCUGUGCGUUGCUGCAGUGGGUCACAGACCAAUUUUCUGCUACAUGUGAAGAUGAAUAUAUUUUAGCCUCUGACUUGAUUGAGCAGUGGGAUUAUGUCAUCAACAGAAGCAACUGGGCCGUUUGCCUUCCAACGUUAAAGCUGUGACACUGAGUGUACUUCUCAAGCUGUUCAGUAGCAGAAUGCUGCUCUGUGAUAUUUAGACUGUCUGUAACCAUGCAGAUGGUAACUCACUGGUCACUGUUGUUCAAUUCUAAUAAAAAUAACCAAAGAUGUGGAGGUGAGGUUGUAUAUUAAUCUACUCUUUCAGUACUUUGAAGUAGAAAAAUAAGCUUUUCGGCUGAACUUAGGGUAGCAGAUACCUAGAAAAAGACCUGUAAACUAUUGAAAGGAUGGAAGUUAAUCCGUACUGUAAGCUUUUCAGGCAGGAUUUUUAUUCCAAGGAGCAGCAUUGCUAGGAUCUUGGUGUCGGACUAGCCGACUUAGCUAGGAUGCGUGUAGUUCCUUGGAGAGAGGAAUAGUAGGCUGAAUGGAAAGGGAUAGCUUGAGAGAGGUUGACCCUGUUUCUUUCUCUCCCACUAUUGGAAGUGGAAACGGGCCCUGGUUGCGUGAGGCGUUUCAGCGCAGGAGAGCCAUUUGCUGGAUGCGUGGAGCCUUGAGCAGAGACAUACCUUUCAUCAUUCUUCACAGGAUGGUGCAUCUUCUGAUGGAUCACAAGCACUCCCAGAGAUGCAUCACUUUGAGGAAGAAUUAACGUGUUCCAUUUGCUACAGCAUAUUUGAAGAUCCACGUGUUCUGCCCUGUUCCCACACGUUUUGUAGGAAUUGUCUGGAAGGUGUUAUCCAGCUGUCGAGCAACUUGGCCAUUUGGAGAGCCCUGAGAGUUCCUCUGAAGUGUCCCAACUGCAGGAGUGUCGUUGAAAUCCCUGCCGGUGGUACCGAGUCGUUGCCUGUCAACUUUGCCUUGAAAGCUAUUAUUGAGAAAUACCAGCAGGAAGAUCGCUCUGACGUUGCGACCUGCAGCGAACACUGCCGGCAGCCGCUGAACGUUUACUGUCUCUUGGAUCGAAAGCUGGUGUGUGGGCAUUGCCUUACGAUAGGGAAGCACAACGGUCACCCGAUAGAUGACCUUCAGAGUGCUUACAUAAAAGAAAAGGAGACUUGCGGAAAACUUCUCGAGCAGCUAACCGAUAAACACUGGACUGAUGUGUGUUUGCUUAUAGAAAAGCUGAAAGAACAGAAGUCCCAGUGUGAAAGCGUUGUCCAGGAUGAUAAAAAAAUAGUAGUGCAGUAUUUUAAGAAACUUAGCGAUACCUUGGAGCACAAAAAACAAGCUCUGCUGACUGCACUGGAUGAGAUCAACGCACGCAUUGUGGAAGAAUACGAGCCGGUCAUUGAGAACUUGAAAAAAAUAAGGGAAGAACAGCUCGAGUUAAUGUGGCUGCAUACAGCUAUUAAAAAAGAAGAGUCCCCGCUUAUUUUUCUUGAAAAGGUGAAUGAUAUGCAUCAACGUAUAAAAGCUUUGAAACAGAAGCAACUGCCGGAUGUUAAACCUAUGGAGAUUUAUCCAAGGAUGGGGCAUCUCUUGAGGGAUGUGUGGUCUACAGUCGAGCUCAGUCAGAUCAACAAGACCCUCACUCCAAAAAUAAAACUGAUUCCAAAAAGGAAGUUACGCAGCAAAGGCGGUGGGAAGGAAGGAAGAGUGUCUAAAAAACUCCUUCAGGCUGUAAAUCCUUUAGCAGUCCUGCUGCUUUUUGUAACGGCGGUAACUGUGCUUUCGUUUUACAAACCGCUGUCAUCAGUUGUAAUGGAAGCUACUUCUGCUUGUAUCUCAGAAUUCUGGCUGCUCAUUUAUCAAGAUUUCAGUGCCCAUUUGCAGAAUACAGUGGAUGUGCUGUGCCAUACAUGUAAUUCACUGAUGGAGUUUUUAGGCAGAAUUGUUUCUCUUUGAUUAUUUCAGUGAUUAAAAGCGUAGGAAUCCACAGGAUUUUUAAUUUCUACUUAAAAGCUGGAUUGUUAAACUCUACACUUUUCCUUUCUGUUCCCGUAUCCUUCCUUUUUUUGUAUUGUAGAGAUUACCUUCUAGCUAACUCUUAGCUAGCAGGUUUGCAACAAAAAAGGCUUCCUCUUCCGCUCAAACCCAUGGUAGGUUGGUAUGUGUUGGUUUAAACUGGGAGCUAGUGAGAAAGUGCGUAUCCAUAAGCGAGCUGUAAUAAGCAUCCACAUCCUAAUCUGGAGUCCUGGUUGUAAACUGUCCUUGAACACCUUUUAUCUUUCUUUUUGGGUAAUGUAACUUUAAAUUGCUUUUUAAUAAAAGCACUAGAACGCUAAAGGUUAAAAAAACACCUCAGGCUGCAAACUGGCUAGACUGGGAUGGGUCAGUCGCUAGCUCUGGUGUGUAUAAAAACUCUUUUGUGGUUUUUAUACUGAUACGCCUUGUUUUUUGAAGCGUGUAGUCACGGCUCUGGGUUUCACUCUGUUCAGGGUGGCUAGCGGAGGACAUGGUUUCGUCGUGUAUUCUGCAGCCAAACGGCCACUAACGCUGUUCGCUGCUUCUGAUACGAGAUGCUCCAGUCCAAGCUGUGCUCGGGAGCGAAAUCUCCCGCGAAAGCCAAUUUUGGCCUUCAGUUAUUACAGGCUAAUUACAGUAAGUACUGGGACGGCCUUGAAAUGUUGCAGUUACCACAGCAGAACACAGAUGAUCUUACAGUUUGCUAAUGAUUUUAUAAAAAAAAAAAUAAUCCCAAGUAUGUAUUUGCCAUGUCUAAUUGUAUUUGACUUGAUAGAAAUAACAGUGUAUUUCAGCAUGGCCGCGUUCCUUGGCUGCUCUGUCAGGUUGAGUAAUCGGAGUUGUUUAAGUAGCGCUGGACUUGGAGGCCGGGCCCGGGCUGGGGGGGUGCGAGCCCCUGUGCCCACCCCCGCUUGCCUCUCGCUGCCGGCAGACACCGCUGGGGUCCAGCGAACACCAGCUGCUGCCAGGCUGCAGCUCGAGCAAGGUCAGUCCCGGGACGCAACGCCCAUACAUUCCUUGAGCCUAAAGAUCCUAAUGGCGGUACCGAUAACCUAAUAUCGCUGUAUCGAUAAAAGACCGCGCCGAGGCUCCCUUCCCUGCGGCUCGGCAGCGGCGCGGCUGUGCCAUGCCCAGGGAGUUAGGACCCGUUUCUGUAAUUCGUACCCAAGUUUUCUGUAAUAUUUCAAAGGCAAGGCCCACCAAUACCACCAGGCAGGUGUGGAAAUGGUCUUUCAGUGUAGCUUGAGACUGUGUAAUUGCCAUUGCAGUAAUUCCCCAAUAAAAUCAGGAAUUUGUUUUUGUCUUAAGCCCUGCUAGAAGGCUGUCAGCUUAGCGUGUGAGUCUCGAAACCUGGUGCUAAGUGGCUGUCCACUACCGUGUAAGGCUUCUCUUUUGACUCACCUUCUUGUCUUUUAUUUUCCUGACUUUUAAAAACUUAAGAGAGUUUAUAAUGCGGUUUUAUUUUUCAAGACAACUACAAUUUAUAAAAUGCCUUUACUGUUCACGGAAACAUUUAGUACUUGUACUUAAUGUAAUUUAUAUUUUAAUAAAUUUGCAUACAAAUAAAAUGUAUUCUUACAGUA